GUAUUGUUAGAAGCACAGAAAGAAUUGGUGGACUACAAAGGACUUGGUAUAAGUGUUCUUGAAAUGAGCCAUCGGACCUCAGAUUUCACAAAAAUUUUAAAUACAGCUGAAAAUCUCAUGCGUGAAUUACUAAACAUACCGCAAAACUACAAAGUAAUUUUCCUCCAAGGAGGUGGAUCUGGUCAGUUCAGUGCAGUCCCGCUUAAUCUCAUCGGUUUAAAGGAGGGAAGACAUGCAGAUUAUGUGGUUACUGGAGCUUGGUCAGCAAAAGCAGCUAAAGAAGCAGAGAAGUAUGCCAAAGUGAAUAUCGUUCAUCCAAAACUAGGAACCUAUACAAACAUUCCUGACCCAAGCACUUGGAAUCUUAAUCCAGAUGCAUCUUAUGUCUAUUACUGUGCUAAUGAGACUGUUCAUGGUGUGGAGUUUGACUUUGUACCUGAUGUCAAAGGAGCAGUCUUGGUUUGUGAUAUGUCAUCAAACUUUCUGUCCAGACCUGUGGAUGUUUCCAAGUUUGGCGUGAUUUUUGCUGGUGCUCAGAAGAAUGUUGGCUGUGCUGGAGUUACUGUUGUCAUAGUACGUGAGGACUUGCUGGGAUUUGCAUUGAAAGAAUGCCCUGUAGUACUGGAUUACAAAACACAAGCAAUGAAUGGCUCUCUGUAUAACACUCCACCAUGCUACAGUAUUUAUAUCAUGGGAUUGGUACUGGAAUGGAUAAAGAAUAACGGUGGAGCUGCAGCUAUGGAUAAACUUAGUUUAAUCAAAUCACAAAUGAUUUAUGAUAUUAUAGACAAAUCUAAUGGAUUCUAUGUAUGUCCAGUGGAGAAAAAGAACCGGAGCAGAAUGAAUGUCCCUUUCCGUAUUGGCAGUAUCAAGGGUGAUGAAGCACUGGAAAAGAAAUUUCUUGAGAAAGCUGUGGAACUUAACAUGAUAUCUCUAAAAGGACAUCGAUCUGUGGGAGGAAUCCGCGCCUCUUUGUAUAAUGCGGUGACUGUAGAAGAUGUUCAGAAGCUUGCAACGUUCAUGAGAAGCUUCAUGCAGAUGCAUCAGUCAUAAAUGCCUGUGGGUUAGAGCCACGCUGCACAUCUAUAAAAAAAAGCUAAAGAGUUUGAAAGUUACUGUGGUACUGCACAGCUGUAGCGCACAAGUUAUAUUUUCUUUUAGUUCCUGUAGCUAUUUUACUUAACUGCAUGGGAUUGAGGCCCAAUCUUGCAAUGACUUGGCAGCCUUGGUUUCACUGAAGGUGAGGAUCCCCAGACUGAUCAAGAUUGGCUUCAAAAUUUGCAAAACAGUAUUCUUAAUGUACAGUUAAAACAUGAGUAGCAUUUAAGAUACUAUGGAUCUGAGUCUGUUUCUUUCUUCAAGUCACAGAUGAUUUCUUCAGCAAUGCCUUGUUUUCAGUAAACUUCAGGAAGCAAAAUCUGUCAUUAGCUUUCUGUAAUGCUUUGCAGAUACUCU